AUGAAUUCUCAAGGCCCCAACGAUGUGUCGCCCGAGGCGAUGCAGGCGCGCAUUCAACAGGCGCGACGCGAGGCUGAGACACUCAAGGACAGGAUCAAGCGGAAGAAGGAUGAGCUCGCCGACACCACUCUCCGCACCGUCGCUCAGCAGGCCCACGAGCCGAUCCCCAAGAACCAGCUGAUGAAGGCCAAGCGCACUCUCAAGGGACAUCUGGCCAAGAUCUACGCCAUGCAUUGGUCCACCGACAGAAGACAUCUCGUCUCCGCAUCGCAAGAUGGAAAGCUCAUCAUUUGGGAUGCCUACACCACGAACAAGGUCCACGCGAUUCCCCUACGCUCAUCGUGGGUCAUGACCUGCGCCUAUGCUCCCAGCGGUAACUAUGUCGCCUGUGGCGGUCUAGACAAUAUUUGCUCCAUUUACAACCUCAACCAGCAGAGGGAGGGCCCGACCCGCGUUGCGAGGGAACUUUCUGGUCAUGCUGGCUACCUAUCGUGCUGUCGCUUUAUCAACGACCGGAGUAUCCUCACAUCGUCAGGUGACAUGACUUGUAUGAAGUGGGAUAUCGAGACGGGUCAAAAGGUCACCGAGUUUGCCGACCACCUGGGCGACGUGAUGAGCAUCAGCCUCAACCCGACCAACUCCAACACAUUCAUUUCUGGUGCCUGUGACGCUUUCGCCAAGCUGUGGGAUAUUCGAGCUGGCAAGGCCGUCCAGACGUUUGCCGGUCACGAGUCCGACAUCAAUGCCAUUCAGUUCUUCCCCGACGGCCACUCGUUCGUCACGGGCUCCGAUGACGCAACCUGCCGGCUCUUCGACAUUCGUGCCGAUCGCGAAUUGAACCUCUACGGCUCGGAAUCUAUCCUUUGCGGUAUUACCUCCGUGGCUACCUCUGUCUCAGGACGGUUAUUGUUCGCUGGCUACGACGAUUUUGAGUGCAAGGUUUGGGAUGUGACGCGUGGAGAGAAGGUUGGCUCCCUUGUCGGCCACGAGAACAGGGUCAGCUGUUUGGGCGUUAGCAACGACGGGAUCAGCUUGUGCACAGGUUCAUGGGACUCACUCCUGAAAAUCUGGGCAUACUAA